AAUCCAUCUGCCUACAACGUACCGUGGAGCAUCUAGUCCGUCUACAACCGAACCAUUACAUAUAAUUGUUUUUUCAUUUCUAUUGAUAAACAAUUUACAAUCGGCGAUUUCUCUCGCAUCCACAAACCCUUCAUAAACAAAAACCCGAAUAUCAAUAUCGCCGUUCUAUUCAACAAAUACCUCGACGGAAUGGCCGACUCAAACGCUCCGAAGCCGAGCAGCAGCGUCAAGCUGGUUCUUCUCGGCGAGGCAGCUGUAGGAAAGUCUUCCCUUGUCCUGCGAUUCGUCAACAAUGAUUUCCAAGAGAACAAGGAGCCAACUAUUGGUGCCGCCUUCCUGACACAAAAAUGCAACCUCCCCACGAGAACGAUCAAAUUUGAGAUUUGGGAUACCGCGGGUCAAGAGCGCUUCGCCUCGUUAGCGCCUAUGUACUAUCGAAAUGCCCAAGCUGCCCUCGUCGUCUACGAUCUCACCAAACCAACAUCACUCGUCAAAGCCAAGCACUGGGUAGCAGAACUACAAAGACAAGCAUCGCCUGGGAUUGUUAUCGCUCUAGUUGGAAACAAAUUGGAUCUUACCAACGAUAGCGAAUCCGGCCAAGGCGAGAGUGAGGGUGCUGAUGGGGAAGAAUCCGGAGAUGCCCGGAAGAUUUCUACGGAGGAAGCCAAGACAUAUGCUGAGGAAGAGAACCUAUUGUUUUUCGAAACUAGUGCGAAGACUGGCCAUAACGUUUCGGAGGUCUUUACCGCGAUCGCGAACGCUAUCCCCGAGACUUCGUUGAAGAGCACAAGGGGUCCGGGUGCUUCCGCUGCGGUCAACCGGGGCGGCGAGGAGCAGAGAGUAAAUCUGAAUGGACCCCGGGAAGCAGCAAAGGAGGGAUGCGCAUGCUGAUUUCACAGGUGUCGGCGAGGGGGCGGCAAGAAUACACGGAUGGGGUGGGUUCUUCCAUCAGUUAUGGUCAUGAUUACAGUUCACCUUGUAAUAUGGAGCGAUGGUUUAUUUGGGAUUUGGUAUCUGGACUGUGGUCGACGGGUGAAUUAUCUUUUUUUUAGCAUUUGUUUGCAAUCCGAUACAGCUCCUGAAGCAACCUCGACUCCGACUUGGACCUGUGACACAUAGUAAGUGUAGAAUGUAGAGAAUGAGUUGAGUUGGUAACACGCGAGUCGGCUGUUACCCUCUGAUGUAUCACUGUGGCAUCAGAACUUGUUCUUGUUUUGGAAUAGAAUGGCAGAGUUUCUUAGGGUUUCUAUAAUGUACGUUAGCUAGUGAUUAUAAAUGAGAGAAAGAUCAAUACGUGUACUUACUCAUAUAAUAUUCAUGGAGCUAAAAAGAUACAUACGUAGGUAGAGGGGUGAUUCAUCGAAGCAAUUCAGAUUCAUUUCUAAUGGUACAUAGGUACAAGUAUUAUCGUAGUCACUAAGUACCUAGGUACAUAAAUU